AUGGACCUCCCUCCGCAGUGGGAGGCCUCACCAGCAAAUGAAAACCAAAGUCAAAAUACCAUAUUUCCUCAAUGUCCUCCGCUCUCACAGACGCCGAACCCCUCCUUGGUGAAGCCUCCCUACUCUUACAUUGCCCUCAUCACCAUGGCGAUCCUGCAGAGUCCCAAAGAGAGACUCACCCUCAGUCAGAUCUGUGACUUCAUCAGCCACAACUUUGCCUACUAUCGGGACAAGUUUCCUGGGUGGCAAAACUCAAUCCGGCACAACUUGUCCCUCAACGACUGUUUUGUUAAGGUCCCGCGGGAGCCCGGCAUUCCCGGGAAGGGAAACUUUUGGACUCUGGACCCCAUGUCAGCUGAUAUGUUUGCAAACGGGAGCUUUCUUCGGCGGAGGAAACGCUUCAAGAGGCAACACCUGCCCUGGAGGACCGUGAAGGCAAGAGCAAGUCCUCACCCUGGACGUAGCAGGGUUGGUGCCCCUCAGCGGGGAACUGAGCCGUACCGCCACCUGAACCCAAAAUUCAGCAGGCUCAUGGUUGGUCCAAGCCCUCCAUUUGUAAGAACUGUAAGCCCUGCUUUGUCCUCACUCUUUUCUAAGAGAUGGAACCUGUGUGCCUCUAUCCCAUCUUUGAACCAACCUUCUGUCUUCACCUACACUACCUCCCUCCCCGGAAUGACACCAAGUUACCUUUUUACUAUGACUGACCCAAGACGCACUGCCUGCUGUUGCACUUUGACUAAUUAAAGCAAACACGUCACAUAUUUUACAUACAGCCUAUACAGCACUGUAUACGUUUUCAAUUAGAAAUAAAUAGCUGAUCAUUGUACUCUACUGAUCAAAGAUAUACUACUAGAAUAUUUGCUUACUUUUUGAUGGAGUUACCGGGUUAUGUCCAAAGUCUGGCACACGGUCCAAAAAUAAAAUUAAACAUGGCCUGCAUCAGAACAUCACAAAGCAUUAGUGAUAAGGUGUGAUGAAAAAAAAGUUGAAAUAACACAUAAGAAGCUAUCAUACUAACACAAAUACAUUCAAACCUGGGUUUUUGUAUGAUUCAGUUUUCGCUGAAAAUUUUUGCCAAAAUUUUGCCUCAGUUUUUGUACACUGUCUUGAUUUUAGCACAAUAUUGCACGUAACAAAGUAGUCCGAUUGAGGUCCAAAGCAAAGCACUCUGCGCGUCGCUGACUCAGUAACCAUGCAUUUUUUUUAGUGCGACUGCUAAAUAAUCCGCCAUGAGGCCAAAGAAUUCAUCAUUUGAUAAAGAAGGUGAGAAAAACUAUUCAAUUCAAGAAAGAGCAUCAUUGCAAAGUACGACGAUGGCGCUCCUGUGGCCGAGCUCACCAGGGGGGUAUAGGGAAGUCCACAUCAACAAUAGGGUUCAUCAUUUGUCAUAGAUAAUUACUUUGCAUUGUUUUCUGCACGUAAAACUCACAUUAUUCUCUUUAAAAUGUAUUUUUUGUUAAUAUUUUGGAAUGGAUUCAUUGGAUUUACGUUUUUCUUAUGGAAAAACACACAGUUUUUGUGUGUUUCAGUUUUCCUCUGACCCUUUGGAAAAAAUUACCAACGAAAACUGAGCUGAGAACUCUAACACAGA